AUGGCUUCCUCAUUAGGACAACUUCUCUUCCUCUUCUUCUUCCCUCUCGUCUCCUACUCCACUCUCUCAUCAACUUCUGUCCUCAAGAAACCAAGCCACCACCCUCUGGAUCCACUGUCACCUGCUGAAACUCAAGUUUCUAAGUUCUGUAUUAAAGGAGCAAAGAUGAGGUCUCUUCAUGCACCGGUUGUUUGCCCUGCAGUUCAUCCCCGACGAGUGAAUGCUUGUGCUUCACUUGUCGGCUACACUGGCUCGAAAACAAGGUUUAUUAGAAAUCGAUUCUUGGGUAGUCCUGCAAAAAUUGUCAAGACCCAGGCUGCUGCAGUCCCUAGACGAGCCGCCGCCAUAGCUCGGCUCAACAAACAAACCCUCGAGCUGGUUAUCGACGUAACCUCACGGUCCAUGCUCUCGAGCCAAAUCUACAGAGGGUUUGGCUACCCUGUUUACAGCCCCGAUGAAAAAUCCUUAGCCGUUGAUUUACCUUUUAGGUAUGGCCCGUUUAUUGAAUCCGUGAGACGAAGGGGCCUGAAUCUCUCUAAGGUGGUUUGCACGUUGUUCUCAGCUGGGUGGUACGGUGAGGUAGAAAAGACGAAAAGGGUCGUAAAGGUUCCGUGUUUUUACCCGGAAGGCACGGUGAAUUUGUUCAUGAGGCCAAUCGAAGGUGUGACAUUAGUCGUAGACCUUGAUGAUAUGAAAGUGGUUGACUAUAGAGACAGAUUUAAGGUCCCUGUACCAAAGGCCGAGGGGACAGAGUACCGAGCCACGGAGCUUAAGCCACCUUAUGGCCCCAAGAUCAGUGGUCCGGUCACCGUUCAAUCCUCGGAUGGACCAGGAUUCGACAUUAAAGGACAUAUUAUAAGAUGGGCAAACUGGGAAUUCCACCUGGGUUUCGAUGCUCGGUCGGGACCGGUUAUAUCGUUAGCGUCGGUUUACGAUGCUGAGAAAGGGGGAUACCGUAGAGUGAUGUACCGUGGAUUCGUGUCGGAGAUAUUCGUACCGUACAUGGAUCCGACAGAGGAGUGGUACUACAAGACAUUCUUCGACUGCGGCGAGUACGGAUGCGGCCAAUCCGCGGCGUCUCUCCGGCCGUCGGAGGAUUGUCCGGCCAAUGCCGUUUUCAUGGACGCCCACUUCGCCGGCCCCGGUGGCCUUCCGGCGAAGAUUUCGAAUGCUUUUUGCGUCUUCGAGAAGAAUACAGGGAACGUGAUAUGGAGACACACCGAAUUCGGAAUUCCCCAAAAGGAGUACACGGAGGCAAGAGCGGAAGUGACGUUGACGGUGAGGAUGGUGGCCGCACUAGGAAGCUACGACUAUAUAAUGGAUUGGGAGUUCAAACCAAGUGGAUCGAUCAAUAUAUGGGUGGGCUUAACCGGAGUGCCGGAAGUGAGGGGCGUGACGUACACGCGCCGGGAGAAUAUAACCGGUGACGCGUUCGGGACGUUACUAGCGGAGAACACGAUAGGGACGCACCACGACCACUUCAUCUCCUUCCAUGUUGAUCUCGACGUUGACGGCCAGACCAAUUCUUUCGUGAAGAACCGGCUGGUGACACGUCGUACCUCCACCAAUCAUGUCUCGCCACGAAAGAGCUAUUGGACUGUGGCCAGUGAGACGGCGGAGAGAGAAUCGGACGGUCAGAUUCAACUCGACCCGACGAAGCCCGUCGACAUCACAGUGGUGAAUCCGAACAAGAAAACAAAGAUUGGGAAUAAUGUCGGGUACAAGUUGGUUCCGGGUUUGAACUCGGUCCCUCUUUUGUCCGAAGAUGACUAUCCACAGAUUAGGGCUGCGUUUACCAAAUAUAACAUAUGGGUCACACCUUACAACAAAUCUGAGAAAUGGAUCGGCGGAAAAUAUCCGGAUCAGAGCCGAGGAGACGAUAACAUAGCCGUUUGGACUCGGGGAAACAGGGAGAUAGAGAACAAGGAUAUAGUCGUGUGGUAUACAAUGGCGUUUCACCACGUCCCUUGUCAAGAAGAUUUCCCGAUAAUGUCGGUCUUAAAGGGAGGGUUUGAACUGAAGCCGACCAACUUCUUCGACUACAAUCCUACCCUCAAGAUAAAGCCUCUUGUGGACUUGCAUGCUCAUUGGUCGAACUGUUCGUCCAAAAAUUAGCUAAAAAUCGUACUAUUGAUGAGUUGAUGUUUGGACCGUAUGGGUCCAGAUCUGGAAUUUGUGCCUUAGGGUUUAAUUUUUCAUUUAUCGAGUCUAUGUGAGGUUUGUGAUAUCCAUUUCGUGUAGCACUUGUUGCUAAUAAGUUCUUAU